AUGGCUCACUUGGACAGUAGAAUGGGAUGGAAAGAGCUGGGGUGGUCGCUCGGGAGGGAAAAAGGCGUGCCGGGGAAAAGAGCUGAUACAGCAGAGGAAGGUGGCGGGGGUGGAGGAAAGGAAGGAAAGACGGCAGGGGUGGAUGAUGAGGUGCCGCUGCUGGAUGAUGAGGAGGUGAAGCGGGCGGACAAGGAAGUCAUUCAGGCGGUGUUUGAGCGCGUGGUGGAGGCACAGGCGCAGCUGCACAAUUACAAGAGCCUCGUCGCCUUCGCGCUCUUCACCGCCCUCUACCUCCUCAUGCUCUGCCUUCAGGCGCAGUCCUUCCAGAGCUACCAGGUGGCCACCGCUCACAACGUCCUGCUGCCUCCGGACUACUCCAAGGACUCGAGCUACUCCUUCACCAGCAGCAGUGCUUUCUACGCGUGGCUCAACGACAGCAUCAUUCAGGCUGUAUGGACGGACCCGCAGUGUGGCGACGGCACGUGCACGCCCCCCACGGAGGUGCCAGCGGUGGGUCGCUUCGGGUGCGCCCUGGACUGCGGGGUCGCCACCAACGUGACGGCCGUCACAGUGGCGCUGCGCUGGCGCUUUGCCUCGAGCGACGCCAUGGCUGCCUCCUCCUGGAACCUCUGCUCCACCGCCAUCCGCGAUGUGUGCUGGUGA